AUGAUACGUCUUGAGCCCUUUUAUUUAAUGAAAAUAGCUCUCAAUCUUAAUACAUAUACAGAUACUUACACGUUUCUAUUGGUGUCAAAACGAUGUCUUGAAUCCUUAAAAAUGUUACACAUAAACCCGUGGUAUAUUUCUGUCGACAACAUUCGAUCAUUUUUUCGUCAUUUCCACCCCGAAACUGUGAACUGUUUUUAUUUCGACUUUUUUGAUCUGCAAAUAUUUUCAUCCGUUAAAAACAUCCGAUGUCCCAAUUUCAAUUCUUUUGUAAAGACGAAAAAAGAUGAAAUACGACAAAUUUUGAGUAAAAUUUAUUAUAUCGGUUUGUAUAUUGAAAAUGAUAAAUACGAACCAACUUGCAAAUUUUUUAUGGACAAUGCCAAACAUUUUAAUUCUUUAAGAAAAGUCCGUGGAGACUUAAAACCAGUUGUCGAAUUUUUUAAGUUAUACACUUCGAACGGCACUGAAUUAAACGUCCACUUUCCAUAUAUAAUUGAAAUUGAUUCGGAUCCCAAUUUAUACGAAGACGCAGAACUUAAGCUCAUCACCAAAUUAAAGAAAUACGUCCCACAAAACGGGUUCACUGAAAUAGUGUUUAUGGCCAACGAACACAGAAUCAAUAAAAAGAGUUUGGAAGUCUUUAAUGGUAUUAACUAUUACUACACUUCUAUUGUCAAAAAUCAAUGUAAUUACUUAUCUGAUAAACUCUAUGUCGACGAGCAGGGUAUUUAUAUAGACAACACACUUGAUUGCCAGAAAUACAACACAUUAAUCACUCAAACGUACUGCAAAGAAAUUUUAGUGACUUUUUUAAAUAGUGGAACACUCAAAGAAACAUUUGAAGAAGAAAAACAGAGUCUCUGGGAGAUUCCAAAUUGUGUUGAAAAGAUUUCCAUUCGGUUAAAUAAUAAUCAAGAAACGGAUUUUAUAUGUUUAAAUGCAAAUUUUCAAUACGUCGAAAUUUUUGAAAUAAAUAAUUCGAAUAUGGUCGAAUUAAAAAACUGUUUUGAUAAUCUUCAAAAUUUUGUUUUCUCGAAUUGUUGUAUUUUUAGAAUUGAAUUGAAAAACGCAAAAUUAUUGAAAAGUGUCGCUUUUGUAAAUUGCAUUGAUUUUGAAUUGGAAAGUGAAGACUCGAGUUUAGAUGAGUUAAUAAUAAAAAAUUCAAAGGACAUUGAUAUUUACGUAAAAAUAACAGACAUAAAAUAUUUUGGGAUCAUUGAUUCAAAUAAUUGUGCAUUUGAAAGUGUAUCUUUUUUCAACAAAAAUGUUGUUAUCAAUAAUUGUCACAAUUUAUUUUUUUAUGAAAAUAAAGAUUAUAUUCAAAACAAAAUAUCCCCGUUUGAAUUCUGUGGAAUUGAUAUUGCAAAUUUUAAACGACUUGAAAGUACUUCAAUACACUUCCCUUCUACAUUACUCCCAAAAAUAGCCAAUUUGGAUGAGCCAAAUGAUUAUUUGUGUUUGUUAUAUAUAUCUUAA